AUGCAUCUCUCUUCUCAGCAGACAAAAGGAAACCAGCAAAUCAUCUUUGGUGGAGACUCUCAAAUCACUAUCACUGGUAUCUCACAAGGCGUGAAGCUCAAUAGUCAAACAAGGGUGGCAAUCAUCGAGCAAAAGAGCCAAACUUUAUCAUGGAAAACCAUCUGGAACUACAACAGGGGUGUCAUUGCAACCAAAGUCACGGAGCAGAACACCUGCUACAUUUCCAUCAUGAACAGAACUGACAUACCCAGUUUUAAUAGUCUGGCCCGACUGGCGGCAGAGAGCAAGAACCUGAUUGGUGUUCUUGGAAGACCUACCAAGGAGAUCACCUUUGUCACCAAUGGACUGGUCAACAACCUCAACUCCUAUGGAUUAGAAAUCUCAGCCAUGUGCAGUGGACUCACCACCUACAUGGCUUAUGAAGUUCAUGGACUCCAAGUGAAUCUGGGAUCCUGCAUUACCCUCAAUGUCUUGAGAGCUGUGGAUCUGAGGUACUGCAACAGCAAUGGCAAUUGGAAUGGCAUUGGCAAUGGCAAUUGGAAUGGCAAUUGGAAUGGCAAUUUGAAUGGCAAUGGCAACUGGAAUGGCAAUUGGAAUAUCACUGGCAAUUGGAAUGGCAAUUGGAAUGGCAAUGGACAGGUGAGAAAACCAUAG